AUGCGCGUGACGCUUGACGAUGCCGAGGACAAGCGCCGCUCCAAGGUGCGAGCAAAGCAGCAGCGCUGGCAGGAGCGCCAGGAGCGCUCCAAAGAGAGCCGCGAAGAGAUUGACCAGCUCCAGCUGCGCUGCGCCAACAUGCGUCGGGUCAUGGAGGACAUCGCCGAGUCCAGUGAGGCCAACACGUCGACGGAGCACCAGUACUCGAAGUUCACGGAGCUGCCCAUCUCACAGCGCACCCAAAUGGGACUGGAACGCGGCCAUUACACAGCGCUCACGCCCAUUCAGAAAGGCGCGCUUCACUUGGCCCUCGCCGGCUUCGACGUCCUCGGUGCGGCCAAGACAGGCUCCGGCAAGACCCUCUGCUUUGUGAUCCCGGUUCUUGAGCGGCUCUAUCGCGAGCACUGGUCAUCAGACAUGGGUGUUGGGGCACUACUUUUGAGUCCUACACGCGAACUGGCGCUUCAGAUCUUCAAGGUGAUGCAGCUCGUGGGCUACAAGCACGUCCUCUCCGCAGCGCUCCUCACCGGCGGUCGUGACGUGCGGGAGGAGCGGAAGCGGCUGCAUGCCAUCAGCAUCAUUGUCGGCACCCCCGGCCGUGUUCUUCACCACCUCCAGGACGAUGCGGAGCUCGUCCUUGACAACAUGCAGCUCUUUUGCAUGGACGAGGCAGAUCGGCUGCUCGACAUGGGAUUCCGUGAGGCCAUCACAAGCAUCCUCAAGUACUUGCCCCCACAGCGGCAGUCGCUUCUCUUCUCCGCUACCCAGACGACUGAUGUGCAGAUGCUUGCUCAGAUGUCGCUCAAGAACCCACGUUACGUCUCCACGCAGGCCAUCACGGCCGCCCCGACGCCGAUGACGCUGUGUCAGAAUUUUGUCGUUGUUGAGCUUCACAGGAAGUUGGAUGCACUGCUAAUGUUCCUGAAGCGCCACCCGAACGACAAGAUCGUCGUCUUUGUGAGCACCUGCAACCAGGUAAAGUUCAUGCACCUUGCGUUCUCGAAGAUCCUGAAGAAGAUGCGCAUCCCCUCUAUGUGUCUUACCAGCAAGAUGAAGCAGUUCCGUCGAGAGGAAGUUUUCCUGACCUUUUGUCGCUGCAAGUCAGCUGUGCUCUUCUGCACCGACGUCGCCUCGCGUGGGCUCGAUUUUCCACUCGUGCACUGGGUUGUGCAGUACGACUGCCCGGAGAGCGCACAGACCUACAUCCAUCGCGCCGGUCGCACAGCGCGGGCUGGGGCGCGUGGUGUGAGCCUGCUCUUCCUCACCCCGCGCGAAGCACCGAUGUUGAGCUACCUGCACCACAAGCACGUCCCGCUGCGCGAAAUCACCAUCAAGCCUGCCUACCUCACCUCGUCGCAGGAGAUAUUCGUUGCUCUGGUGGUACAAGGUCUGAAGUACGAGGCUCAGAAGGCGUUCAUCGCGUACCUGCGCUCCGUCUACUUCGCCUCCAACAAGAACGUCUUCGAGGUUGCCUCCCUGGACGUGGAGGCGUUUGCGAAGUCGCUGGGAUUGCUCGUUGUGCCCGACAUGUCGGAGCUGCAGAACCUGCAACGCAGUGCCAAGAAUUUGCCAUGGGACGUCGUCAACUUCAUCACGCAGCGCGGUGCUGGCGGCGGUGACAAAGCCGGCAGCACCCUGACGCGGAAAGAGAAGCACCUACAAGCGACAGACAUGUACCGCGUCAUGGAGCAGAAGCAGCGGUUCGCCCACAAGAAGGGUGCCUUGCACGGCGAUGGCUCGAAGGAGAGCGACGGCCAUUCGGGUGACGCAGGCAGUGACGACGACGACUUCCUUGUGAAGAAGAAGGCACCCGCUGGCCUCUCCCGUAGUGACGCAUCCGCCUCCGUCAAGGCUGGCACUGUCGUAGCGGAACCGAACCCAUUGCACUUGACAGUGGAGGAGCGACUCGCAGGCCUCUCCAAGAACAAGCGUCGAAGGCUCAUUGAGAAUGCCGAUAUUCGCGUGCGCGACUUGCGGCUCAAUCAGCGCAUCAUCUUCCGCGAUGAUGACAGCGAGUCAGAUGAAGAGGGUGACCCCACAAAGAAUGACCACGGGAGAAAGGCGAAAGACAAUGCUACACACUCGUCACUCAGUGACGAUGAGGCGGACGAGGAAGGUGUCACCACCGUGACUAAUUUACUCAGGGGUGCAGUUAUGCGGCACCGUAAGGAAGACCUCGUUGACGGUGAUAGCAGCGACGACGAUGCUGAAGACACCAACUUCAUGACAGAGCUGCAGACACGCGUGCAAGCCAGCAAGGUGGGCGACCUCGAACGUGCCAAGAAGAUGCGGCGGCUACGGCGCCUGCAAAGGCAAGGCCGCGUAUCGCGCAAGUCAACCAUUGACGAGAGCGGCGUCAAGACAGCCAACGGCGGGCCUCGCCCGGCCAACUCGGACGACGAGGCGGGUCAUGGUAGUGGCGAAUACGAUGACGAGGACGUGAACGGCAGCGAAGCCGAGAGCACCGGCUCCCUCAGCCGUCUUCUCAAGGCGGCCCGUGGCGAGCUUUACAGCGACGACGGCAGCGGGGAUGCAGAAGAUGAUUUCUUUGGCGGUCCUAGUGCGGCUCGCAAACGCACACGUGGAAAGCCCACCUAUCAUGGCAUUGAUAGCAGUGACGACAACGAUAAUGAUGAGGACCUCGACGAGGUCGUCUCUACGCUACCUUCGAAGCGGUCGAAGAAGAAGCGUUGA